AUAACGUUCAGGAAGCUUUUUGUCUCUUACGCGUAAAACCCAUGAGAUGAGAUGGGCUGCGCGCUCUUCUCCUCGAACUAAACCCCGAGCGUCCUGCCUUCAUCUCACAGCGAGCCCUGCGAUCAGAGAUAAAAAAGCCGCCGCAUCCGUGGAUCUGACAGAUUGCUUGAUCUUCACUAAUGACUCAGGACACAACAGGAAGGAACCAGAGGAGACACAAUGCCUAGGUCUUUCUUGGUGAAGAGCAAAAAAGCGCACAGCUACCACCAGCCCCGAUCUUUGGAGGAUGACUACAGCAGGCUUGAUACUAUUUUAGCUCACAUAUGUGCAGAAAGCAAAACUUCAGAGGAGUCGGAUGCCCUGCCGGGAGACACUGCUGGCGCUUGUUCGCCGGACUCUCAGCUGGUGGAUCAAGCUGAUCUUUCUUCCAAGUCUCCUCUCAGCUGCGGGGGAAGCGUGUGCGACCGCUCCUCGGAUUACGAAGACUUCUGGCGACCUCCAUCACCAUCAGCAUCACCUGAGUCAGAAAAGUCCUUUUCGCCCUCCGCUGAGGAAACGCAGCCAUUCGCCGUCCCCUUCAGGCCUUACGCGUGGAGCAGGUACUCUGGAUGUGAAAUCAGGCAGCUGGUACAGCAUACUCUCAACCAUCACCACUCUCUGGACCUCGAGCGACCCGCUCCUCCGGCCUACUACAAUGACCGCGUGGUCGAGUCCUCGCUCUUCACCGAAAGGGGGUCCGGCGCGAGCAUCUACAACAGUUACAGUCCCACCGCCACCCUGUUCGAGCGCGCCACCGCCUCUGCGCUUUACGAUGACAGCAACAUCCUGGGAAAAGGACCCGAGAUGAAAGCCGGCUCCGACGCGAUGUGUAGCCGCCUCCUGUUGAACGGCGCGUACAAAUGCAUCAAAUGCAGCAAGGUGUUUUCUACUCCGCACGGCCUGGAAGUGCACGUCCGGAGGUCGCACAGCGGAACGAGGCCCUUCGCUUGCGACAUCUGCGGGAAAACGUUUGGACACGCGGUCAGUCUGGAACAACACAGAGCCGUGCACUCACAAGAGAGAAGCUUCGAUUGUAAAAUCUGCGGGAAAAGUUUUAAAAGGUCGUCCACUCUGUCCACGCACCUCCUCAUACACUCCGACACGCGGCCCUAUCCGUGCCAGUACUGCGGGAAGAGGUUUCACCAGAAGUCAGACAUGAAGAAACACACGUUCAUCCACACAGGGGAGAAGCCACACAAAUGCCAGGUGUGUGGGAAAGCUUUCAGUCAGAGCUCCAAUCUGAUAACGCACAGCCGAAAACACACCGGAUUCAAGCCGUUUGGAUGUGACCUCUGCGGCAAAGGGUUCCAGCGCAAGGUCGAUUUGAGAAGACACAAGGAAACACAGCACGGGCUGAAGUGAGGGGACGCUUCGGGACUUUACCAAACACUAUCGGGACUUUUUUAUUUUAUUUUUUUUUUAAUUUAACGAGCCGCAGAUGCUCAUUCAUGAAACAUUAAAUCAGUGUUUUAGAGUAGGCGACUAAUAGCGUUUACAUUAGCCGUAGAGCUGUUUAUGCUCGGUGAGGUUUGCCUACGAGUCAGCGGCAGGCCAGCAGGUCUGGCAGCUUUCGAGGCGAUGCUGUGCGGGGCAUCACAGGGUAUCUCCAUCCAGAUCAAUAGCCCGCUGCAGAGACAUGCCGGGCACCGUGUCUGAACCCAAAAUAUUAUCACCAAAAUAAUCAGGGACGAAAUAUAACCGCCGCGAGAAAGGACACUGUAUCACCCAAAAUAUCAGCUGAAGGAGAGAAAAAUCACCGCAUCUCAAAAGAAUGCCACUUUGUUUUUCGAGGCUGCGGAGGGAAUGCUGGCAAAACAAGCACUACAAUAGACUGCGAGAUUUCAUCAAUAAAAGGAUUGUUUGUGUACUAUAGCCUAAACUUAUAUGAUCUGGCAACCUGUCGAAGUCUUUCCGUUCAUCUUUUUUUUUUUUUCCUUUUCGUUUUCUUUAGCUUAGCCCGAAUAAACAAAUACAACUCAAUUGUCUAUACCUUUUCGAAUAAAUUUAAUCGCUAAAUUAAAUUAAAUUAAAUCUGUUUUAUAUCAUUUACACUAUUUAUUGGAAUAAAGAAUUUUAAGGAGA